ACUGCUGAGUGUGACAUGUAUGCAGGGGACAAUUGUUACUGACGACCCUGGAAAAAAAAAACUGAAGGAAAUUUCAGAAUCCAGUGAUUAUUAAAAAAUUGACUAAUGAUCAACAUAGAAUAAUCAGACUCUUCAAAGGGAGUGCAAAAGGUUAGCGUGACACCAGUGGCACAUUGUAUGGACCUAAAUUAGCAUCCAACAAAAAUAAAUGAAAGAGUGCAGGUAAUCCAUGGGAGGAUGUGCAGGUAAUGCUCUGUGAGCUCUGUGAGACACCAUGUCUGAAGAGGCAAACUCAGGCAGCGACCUGGAGCCUGGCCUCAACAGUGAAGAGGAAGAUAUGGAAGAGGAGGAGGAGGAGGAUAAUGAUGAUGAUGACGAGGAGGAGGUGAAUGAGACGGAUGAGGAAGAUGAUGAGAAUGACGGGGACGAUGAGGAAGAUUCAGCUGAUCGGCCCGGCAGUGCCAAAAUUGACAAUGAGGAAACUCAGCAGAGGGCCACCCAGGGCACCCCUCCACCUACCUCACCACACGGGAGCUCUUCCUCCAGCCCUCACUCUCAGCCCCCGUCUCAGCCCCCGUCUCGGCCGUCCUCCAGGCCCCCGUCUCGGCCGUCAUCCAGGCCCACGUCUCGGCCGUCCUCCAGGCCUGCGUCCCCGCCCUCAUCCAGGUCCUCGUCGCGCCCCCCCUCAGCGUCAGGCUCCCAGUCCCCCUCCAGCCCAGAGAGCCGCUCUGGCACCCCGACCCCCAGCGAAGACACCAAGAAGAGCGCCUCCAAGCUCUCCAAGCCUGCUCACAUGAGGAGGAACAUCAGGAAGCUCCUGAAGGAGCACCAGCUGGAGGCCGUGACGCAGGCGGCCCAGCAGGAGGAGAUGGAGAGGCGGCGGCGGCUGGAGCAGCUGAGGAAGGACUUCCCCAUGGCGCCCGUGCCCGGCGAGCCCCCCACCAGUGAGCCUACCCUCCACCAGUCACACACACACACAGUCCCUUCAGUCAACGCAGCGGCUCCACCACAGCUCACAGACCCACUUUACACCAGCUCCGUCCUCCCCGUAGAGGGUAUGUCUUCUGAAAGCUUGUCUCAAAACAGUGAAGCCCCUAGACCAUUGUCUGCUGCCCGAGGGGAGGUGAUCUGUCUGGACAGCAGUGGAGACGAGGGGGACGUGCCACCUCCCCCCCAACCCUCUCUGCCGCUCCCCAUCCUCCUCCCCAAGCCUAGAGAUGUCUUCUUGCCGUCUCUUGUCCAUCCCUACCCCUCCUCAGACGUGAUCGAGUUGAGCUCGGACGAGGACGACGCCCUGCAGAUCAGCAGCGAGUCGGACGACGAGGAGCGCUCCGGCACGCCACCUCCGGACGAGAGCAGCGGAGCGCACGCCAACGACGCGCACAACCAGCCCGACCCCCAGGGCAACGUGCUGGUCAACAUGAACCACCCGCCCGAGGAGGCGGACCUGUACCUGGCACCACAGUUGGCCCGCGCUGUCAAACCCCACCAGAUUGGUGGGAUCCGGUUUCUGUAUGAUAACCUGGUGGAGUCGGUGGAGCGCUACAAGAGCAGCAGUGGCUUCGGCUGCAUCCUGGCGCACAGCAUGGGCCUGGGCAAAACCCUGCAGGUCAUCUCCUUCGUCGACAUCCUGCUGCGCUACACCGGAGCCCACACUGUGCUCACCAUUGUGCCUGUGAACACACUACAGAACUGGCUGGCUGAGUUUAACCUCUGGCUGCCGACCCAAGAGAACCUACCCCCUGACACAGACGAAAGCUACAUAGCCCCUCGCGCCUUCCGAGUGUUCAUCCUCAACGACGAGCACAAAACCACUGUUGCUCGGGCGAAGGUGGUGGAGGACUGGAGUCGUGACGGAGGCGUGCUGCUGAUGGGCUACGAGAUGUACCGCCUGCUGUCCCUCAAGAAGAGUUUCGUGACCGGGCGCAAGAGGAAGACUAAGAAGCCAACCGGGCCGGUCAUCAUCGACCUGGAUGAGGAAGACCGCCAGCAGGAGCUCCUCAAAGGCAUUGAGAAGGCCCUCUCACGGCCCGGGCCUGACGUGGUGAUCUGUGACGAGGGCCACCGCAUCAAGAACUGCCACGCCAGCACGUCCCAGGCGCUGAAGAACAUCCGUUCGCGGCGGCGGGUGGUGCUCACGGGCUACCCGCUGCAGAACAACCUGAUCGAGUACUGGUGCAUGGUGGACUUUGUGCGGCCCGACUUCCUGGGCACGCGGCAGGAGUUCAGCAACAUGUUCGAGCGGCCCAUCCUCAACGGUCAGUGCAUGGACAGCACGCCGCAGGACUGCAGGCUCAUGCGCUACCGCAGCCACGUGCUGCACAGCCUCCUGGAGGGCUUCGUGCAGAGGCGGGGCCACGAUGUGCUGAGGAAUCAGCUGCCGGACAAAGAGGAGCAUGUGAUCAUGGUGCGUCUGUGCCCCCUGCAGAGGGCGCUCUACAUGGAGUUCAUGAACCGCUUCAGGGACGCGGGCAACAGCGGCUGGCUGGGCCUCAACCCCCUCAAGGCCUUCUGUGUCUGUUGCAAGAUAUGGAACCAUCCAGAUGUUCUGUACGAGACACUGCAGAAAGAGAGCCUUGCUAAUGAGCACGACCUGGACUUGGACGAUGUCAGUUCCCCUGGUAACGCCCGAUGUGCUGCCCCUGGUCUGAAGGGCAAGUCUGGUGACUCCGCUCAAAGCAAAGGGGGCUUGCCUGUGCUGGGCAUAAACCCAAUACAGGAGAGAGCCAAUCAGGUCGUCACCUAUGAAUGGGCAAAAGACAUCAUGUCAAAUUACCAGCCAGGUAUCCUGGAAAAUUCUGCAAAGAUGGUGCUGCUCUUCCAUUUGAUUGAUGAGAGUGUAAGCAGAGGAGACAAGAUUUUGGUGUUCAGUCAGAGCUUGUCUACACUCACUGUUAUUGAGGACUUCCUGUCUAAGAGGCCGAUGCCAGCAUCCAGAAUAAAACCUGACAGUUCCACUCAGAACUGGGUCCGCCAUAUCAACUAUUACCGGCUGGAUGGAAGCACCUCAACUUCAGAGAGGGAGAGACUCAUCAACCAGUUCAAUGACCCAACAAACGACAUGGCUUGGGUCUUCCUCCUCUCUACUAGAGCGGGCUGUCUGGGAGUGAACCUAAUCGGGGCGAACCGCGUGGUGGUUUUCGAUGCUUCCUGGAACCCCUGCCACGACGCACAGGCUGUGUGCCGAGUGUAUCGCUACGGGCAACGCAAGCCCUGCCAUAUCUACCGUCUGGUGUGUGACUUCACCCUGGAGAAGAAGAUCUACGACCGGCAGGUCUCCAAACAGGGCAUGUCUGACCGUGUUGUGGACGACCUGAACCCUGUGCUCAACUUCACCCGACGAGAAGUGGAGUCUUUGCUUCAUUUUGUGGAGGAAGAGCCCGACCGCCACCAGAACAUUCUGCAAGCCCAGAAUGAAAUGGAAACGGUCAUCAGAGAUACCUGCCUAAAUUUCCCAGAGUGCAUCACCAAGCCGCCCUUCCAGCACGAAUCCCUGCUGAUGGACCGCAAGGAGAUGAAGCUCACCAAGGCUGAGAAGCGUGCCGCCAAGAAGAGCUACGAGGAGGAGAAGAGGGCCUCCGUGCCCUACUCACGGCCGUCCUACGCACACUACUACCCAACCAGCGCACAGAACCUCAACAACAUCCAAGCCUUCAAUCAACACAACUGGCGCCCCACCAUUCGUUCAGAUGAAAAGCCAGUGGCGAGCGUGCGUCCAGUGCAGUCCACGCCCAUUCCCAUGAUGCCUCGGCAGGUAUCGCUGGGAAUCCCUGGCUCCAGCUCGGGCAUCAACUUCCCCGUCAACUACCUGCAGAAGGCCGGUGUGUACGUGCAGCGCAUCAUCACAACCACCGACAUCGUGAUCCCAGGGGCCAACAGCACCACUGACGUCCAGGCCCGGAUUGGAGCUGGAGAGAGCAUUCACGUCAUCAAAGGCUCCAAAGGUACCUACAUCAGGACCAACGAUGGCCGCAUCUUUGCCAUCCGCUCCUCGGGGAAGAACAGACCUUUACAGGCCAUCACCAGCAUGGCCAGAGGUUCCCAGGGAGGCUCGUUGCACUCUGUGAGUAAUGGCGGAACGUCGUCCCCAGAGCGGAAACAGCCCUCCCCGUCUCCCCCGGAGAGCCCGGAGAUCCUGCGCGAGCUCCACCGCUAUGAGGAGACGGUUGCCAUGGGAGAUGAACUAUCACCCCCAGACAGGGGGGAGAUGUCAGGUGAUAACAGGCGGCAGCACGGGCAGACAGCAGACGCCUACGGCUGGCCAACACCUGGCACAGAUGAAGGAGACUUGCGCGGCAACAAGAGGAAGUGGUUCCAGAGGCCACACGGGGGCAAGAGGUCACUGGGGGCGUCAGAGUUUCCAAGCUUCCCCAUGGGCGGUGGCGCCGACGGCGGCGGCAUGGGCUUCCCGUCCGUGGGGCUCAACCCGGCGCUGCUGGGGACGCUGGGUCACAUGAAUCACUCCUUGCUCGGGGGCGGCGGGGGUGGUGCCGGGAGCAGGUCCCAGUUCGGAGACGGACUGGGGGACCUGCACUCCAUGUUCCCCCCUCCAUCCUCGUCCUCUGGGCCCGACGCACUGGGCCUAGAAGCCACGGGAAACGGACCUCUCCCCGGCUCCUCAGCCUUGGCCUCCACUUCGGCCGCCUCUUCCUCAUCCUCCUCUUCCGCUCUGCCGUCCUCCUCCCUCCCCCCUUUCAUGCUCAACCCCAGCAUGGCUAGCAUGCUAUCCGGCGGUGGCUUCCCGUUGUCAUACAACCAGUCACAUUUCCCCGGCUCCUCCUCCUCCUCAUCUGCUUCGUCCUCCACCACCCCUGGCUUCCUCUCCCACUACCCCUCGGGCACCUCCAGCCUUCUGGGCGCCGCCCUGGCCAGGCCAGACCUUCCUCACUCUAGCAUGGCAGAAAACGGAGGUAGCAGCUCGGACGACGAUGUCAUUGAAGUAAUGGGUCAGUGAAACCAAUCCAGUAAAAACAAUUGGAGAUGCGCGCGCGCACACACACACACACACAC